AGCUGCACACAGCUCUGCAAAAUAUGAAGGAAAAUGAGAGAAGGUGUGCUGAAUGGUGGGAUGACCUUCAACAGCAAAGAACUUACUGGGAGAACAAAAUACAGAAGGAUGUAAAAUAUAUUCAGGUAGAGUAUAAAGGACUGAGAGAGCUGCUGGACUCCAUGGAGAAUGAAAAGCUGUGGAAGCUGAAGAAAAAGAAGGAAGAUGUUGUGAAAAGGCUAGAAGAGUCUGAAAAUGAGCUGGUGCAGCAGAGGCAGACGGUGAGAGUCCUCAGCUCAUAUAUGCAGCAUCAGUUGGAGCUCUCAACAUUGGAAAGGCUUCAGAACAAAAUACAGAAGGAUGUAGAAUAUAUUCAGGUAGAGUAUAAAGGACUGAGAGAGCUGCUGGACUCCAUGGUGAAUGAAAAGCUGUGGAAGCUGAAGAAAGAGAAGGAAGAUGUUGUGAAAAGGCUAGAAGAGUCUGAAAAUGAGCUGGUGCAGCAGAGGCAGUCGGUGAGAGAACUCAUCUCAUAUAUGCAGCAUCAGUUGGAGCUCUCAACCAUGGAAAGGCUUCAGUCCUCCAAUUGA